GGAGUGUUUCGUUGUUACUUUAUUUCAUGUUUUCAACAUUUUAAACUUUAUUAUUAAGGAAAGUUUAGUUCGAAAGUCUUGGUCGGGUUUUGUAACGACGGAUGGUUGCAUAUACAGGUGCUAUUAUAUUUGAAUGAUGUAAAUUAUUAGUGUAUAGCUCGUGCUGUAGUAGCACCACGACCUAGAUGGUCACCUUGUGCGUUGGGUAUUAAAUCUAAACAACAGUUCCAAUCCGUGAUCACGUGACCACAAAUGUCUCGUGGCUCUGCCGGAAGUCCCGGAAGUGUCGCUUAGGUCGACUUCCUUGUCCGGACUGCUCCCGCCACUGCGGACUUCUUGUAAACUCUUUUUUUUCCUUUUACUUAUGUCGCUCCAGCACAGCGGAACUCGUCACGUCUGCUGCGGCGACAACUCUGCGGGGGCUCCUUGGAAAACAACAUGAGUUUACGAGAGAUCAGCGAGAACGUGAAGUUGGCCCGUGAAUAUGCUCUGCUGGGAAACUACAACUCAGCCAGUGUUCUCUACCAAGGCUUGUUGGAACAAAUCAAGAAGUAUGUGUGCACCACGCGAGACGGCAGUCUUCAGCAGAGAUGGCAGAAGCUGUGGCAGGAAGUGAGUGAGGAGAACCGACAGGUUGAGGUGAUCAUGUCCACCCUGGAGGGCUUCCAGCUGGACGCGGCGGGGCCCGUUAAACCAAUGCACCCGGAGGAUUUUGAAAUUCGGCCUGUUCCCGUAGAACCCAGGCCACCUGCACACCCUUACAAAGACAACAAGCCCGCCAACAACCGCCUCAGCGUAGCAGUGAGGGCCCAGCAAAGGCAGUCACCUCGCGGGGGCAACGGGGACAGAAAAAAGCCCCCCAAGGGCAAAGAAAAAAAAGAAACAAAAGAGGCUGCUGGCAAAGCAAAGGACGAUAAGAGCAAAGGAGAAGGCCAGGAAAAGGAAGUGACAAGGUUUGACGGAGCAGGAUAUGACAAAGACCUGGUGGAGGCCCUGGAGAGAGAUAUUAUAUCUCAGAAUCCAAACGUUAAAUGGGACGACAUUGCGGACCUGGGUGACGCAAAGAAGCUCCUCAAAGAAGCAGUGGUGUUGCCAAUGUGGAUGCCGGCGUUUUUCAAAGGCAUCCGCAGACCGUGGAAGGGGGUGCUCAUGGUGGGACCUCCUGGCACAGGGAAAACACUCUUAGCAAAAGCCGUCGCCACCGAAUGCAAGACCACGUUCUUCAACGUCUCCUCCUCCACUCUCACUUCCAAGUAUCGGGGAGAGUCUGAAAAAUUGGUGCGCCUGCUGUUUGAAAUGGCUCGCUUUUAUGCUCCCACGACCAUCUUCAUCGAUGAGAUCGACUCCAUGUGCAGUCGCAGGGGAACCUCGGAGGAACAUGAGGCCAGUCGGAGGGUGAAGGCGGAGCUACUGGUGCAGAUGGAUGGUGUCGGUGGAGCGUCAGAAAACGAGGACCCUUCCAAAAUGGUGAUGGUGCUGGCUGCCACCAACUUCCCCUGGGACAUAGACGAGGCUCUGAGAAGACGUCUGGAAAAGAGGAUCUACAUUCCUCUUCCUUCUGGCUCAGGGCGGGUGGAGCUGCUGCGGAUUAACCUGAAGGAGUUGGAGCUGGCCAGUGAUGUGGAUAUGGACAAGAUCGCUGAGCAGAUGGAAGGUUACUCAGGAGCUGAUAUCACUAAUGUGUGCAGGGACGCUUCCCUCAUGGCCAUGAGGCGACGAAUCGAAGGGCUCACGCCGGAGGAAAUCCGCAACAUCCCCCGGGAUGAGAUGCACAUGCCCACCACCAUGGAGGACUUUGAAGCCGCCCUGAGGAAAGUUUCCAAGUCGGUGUCUGCAGCCGACCUGGAGAAGUACGAGAAGUGGAUCGAGGAGUUUGGGUCGUGUUAAAAGGGCCGAGACAUCAAGGUAACUCUUGCAGGGCGAACUGUAAUGGUGGCUAAAUUGUCACAAAGAACUGACUAGAGAUGAGAGCGCACACACACACACACACACACACACACACACACAUACACACACACACACAUACACACACACACACACACACACACACAUACACACACACACACACACACACACACACACACACAUACACACACACACACAUACACACACACACACACACACACACACACAUACACAUACACACACACACACACACACACACACAUACACAUACACACACACACACACACACGCUAACCACAGAAGCCUGAAGUAUAUUCCUGUGCCUUCAAUCCAUUUUUGUGUAUCUAGGACACACUAAAAUGUCAUUCUUUUUUAGAGCACUUGCUUUUAUAUUGAAAACUGUGAUUAUUAUAACCAACGGAUGCAUACAAAUCUUAGUAUAUAAGUAUAUUUCUAUAAAUAAAGUCACCUUUCUUCUGAU